AUGUCUUCCCAAUCGAUGCGUCUAGUCCCAGGUCCUAGCACCUCCUCCAGCGUCUCUCUCGAAAAGACUUCGCACUCUGUGCACGCAGGAGCUCACGAUGCCAUGCGCCAUGGUCCGCGAAGUCUUUCUCACGAGAAUUCGCACGCAGCUCACCAUCCCUUGGAGUCCAGAUUGGAACAGUGGAAUGGGACGAGGGAUCAGUUGAAAUUGAACUUGAUGAGGAACACUUAUGGAUUGGGCGCUCCCAUGCGUACCAUGCUAGAGAGGGGUUGCGUCGUCAAGGUGAGCUGCGUUUCUGAUGUGCGAUUGCAUCAUCGAAAGAUGCGACGUGAUUACCGGCUGGAGGCUUGCUCUGAGUGGUGUGGAUGAUAGCUACGCACACGCAAAAGUGGAUGCGAUCCCGAUGCUGAUUUCAAUCCUCCCCCCCACAUGCUUGGCGCCACUUCGCAGGACGGUCCCUUUCCAAACAUGCACGCUUCUCACGCCGGCACGCACAAAGGUCUAGCAGCUAUGCAAUUGGACAUUCUCAACGGCGACGACGAGACGUUGGAGCCUAGCGACUUCUUGCCCAGUGAGUGCAACCUCCAAGACUGAUCACCCAGCGCUGGCCGUAUGCCAUGCGUUGGCCAUGGCUUUCUUUGCGAAUGAUCCCUUUGCUUACUGCUCGCAUUCCCCCCAUCCCAUACCCUGCACCCUUCAUCAGCCGACUUUGCUCAUGACAAUGCCGACAUUCACGCUUUGCUCGAUGCCAAAUCGAGAAGGUCUUGA